UCAAUGCACAAGAUAACUCAUUUUAUCUAAAUUGUCACAUUUUGAAUAUUGAUUAUUGACAAUUAUGACAACAAAAUUAAUAUAGUCAAGUUACAAUGUAUAUAAACUGAUGAAACUUUCUUGGUCUACUUUUAAAAUGAUUAAAUUUGAGCAAAUUUGUGUCAUUAGGUUUACAAUGGUAAUAAUUAUCAUUCUCAUUUUAUUAAUACGCAUAUUGUACAACCCUACGAGUGAACUAGACAUUAAACUUGCUUAAUGUUGUUAUUGUAUUGUCUUUAUCUAGGGCAAAUCAAUCACAAACAAUGAAAGGAUAUCCUGUACUAUUAAUACUUCAAUAAUUGAAAUAAUUAUGAGAUAUUCAAUUGUGUCUUGAUUUAACUAUCAAUUGUUUUCUUCAAGUUUUAUUACUCAUUGUGUAUUGUUUCAUUGAAUACAAUAAACAAUAAAAAACUGUGUUGUUCUCUAUGACCUAAAAGCUCUUUCCUUUGGUAUAAAAGUGAGGCAAAAACCAAACAAAAUUUAUUCGUAUUCACUCAUUCAUUCAUGAUGGUUGAUUGUAAUGAAGUUAUCCUUGAUGGUUUUUUCCCACAUCUUCCUCUCGGUAUUUCCCAGAGUGACAUUAGAAGUGAAUUAGAUGAUAUUCCUUCUGUGUUGGUUCAAAACAGUGAUAUUCCGCCUGUUGCAGUUCAAAACAGUGAUGAAUCGACUGGACGGAGCCCUCCUGUAGCAGUCCCAAAUACGGAAAACACCAAUUCGAUAUAUCUUUGCGAUGGUAAAUCGCCCUUUUGUGGUUUCAACCAAAUUGUUGAUGCAGAGUAUCCUGAAUACAUAACCUUACAAAGCAGAAUCGAUACGUUUUCAAACUGGAACAGUGAAAACAUUUCUGUGAACAACCUAGCUGAAGCCGGUUUCGUAUACAGCGGGAAAGCUGACAUUGCUGUUUGUUUUCAUUGCGGAGUACAUGUUGGUAAUUGGUUGCCUGGAGAGGAUGCUUGGGUAUCACACGCAAAAUUCGCUCCCUGGUGUACAUUCCUUUACAUCAGAAAAGGAUUUGGUUUCAUCGAUGCAUGUACAGGAGAUCAACUUUUGCAAGUUCAAUCUUCACCAAUCAUCGAGCCAGACAAUGAUCGAUAUAAAUGUAAAAUCUGUUUGGAAAAAGAAAUUGGCGUUUGCUUCUUCCCGUGUGAUCACGCCGUGACUUGCGUUGAUUGUGCACCAGGUAUCACUAGUUGCCCAAUCUGUCGUGAGAAAAUAACAGGAGUAAUAAGACUGAAACUUAUUAAUUAAGAGUCAUUUACUAUGAAGUACCUACAAGAGAACGUUUCUAUUGCAAACAUUGUAACAUCAUAUACUUUAAACUCUAAACUUGAUCGUAAUCUAAUAAAAGAAAAUUUUAAAUUUAUAAAGUAUCCAAAAUCAUUUUCAGGCGGAAUAUUGAAAUAUUGUGAAGGUUGUUUGCUGAUUUUUGAUUCAGGAAAAAUCAAUGUAACGGGUGUUCAAAAUAUAGUAACAUCAAUGUUACUGGUUGAUCGAUUUUGUUCUAAAUAUCCUUCCAACAUAUCUUAUUCAACAUUUAAAAUAGUGAACAUAACUGUUUGUGCAAAAAUUAUUGGUGAUUUUGACUAUGAAGCGCUCUUACGUCACCCAGGAUCGUCUUAUGAACCAGAGCUUUUUCCAGGAAUACAUCUUAAACUUGAUGAAUCAAAAGUAAUUUUUAUAAUCUUCAGAUCAGGAAAAGUAAUAAUAACUGGUUUGAAAGAGCUGUCAUCAAUUUGGCAUUAUUGCGAUGAAUUCGACUACAAUAUAAGACUAAAAUCUAUAUAAAGAACCGUCUAAAACUAAAGUAAGCAACGCAAUUGAAAAUGGAAUCUCCUCAAGCAGUCCAACACAACUUAUGGUACAGAAAAGUCCUCUUUGUUGUUCAACUAGCUGUAUUGAUAGCAUUGCUGAUCACAUCUAUUGUGAAUAUAAUUCUGAAGACUGGAAACCUGCCUCUAUGGACAGCC